AUGUACAUCACGAGGUUUCGGACGAAAAGAAUAGCAGCAUACGUUGGAAUACCGUAUGCUCAACCUCCAAUUGAGUUCAGAAGGUUUUUGCCCCCGGAAUAUACUGAUUUACCUCAAUGGGAAGGUGUGAGAAACGCGACCAUAUACGCCCCGGAUUGCAUGCAGAGUGACCCGAAAAAGGAAGAUGUGCAAAACCCUUUGAAGAAACAUGAUGAUCUGUUCAUGAAGCUCUUGGAUUCCCAAAUGGAAGAAAAACGAAAGAAGGAGUAUUCUGAGGAUUGUCUCUUCUUGAACGUGUAUGUUCCGGACGAUUUCAAAGUCGAGGGCUACCCAGUCUUCGUUUGGUUCCACGGCGGUGAUUUUGUGCGAGGCAGCCCUAACAGUGUGAACCCCUUCCAAUUGGUGAUAAAACAAAGGGUAAUUUUCGUAUCAGUGGCCUACCGGCUGAACAUCUUUGGAUUCUUCUCAACCCUCGACAAUGAAGCUUCAGGCAACUUUGGUCUACACGACCAAGUAGCAUCUUUACAUUGGGUCAAAAACAAUAUUGAAAGUUUUGGAGGUGAUCCCGAAAACGUUUGCAUCAUUGGUCAUGAUGCUGGAGCAGUCAGCGUCACCCUUCAUUUAAUAUCCUCGUACUCAGCGGGACUCUUCCAUAAAGCUAUAGCAAUGAGUGGAAAUGCUUUAUCACCAGAAUCUGUAAACAUAGCAAGGAAAGAAAUAGUUACUGUCGAUAAGGUUGCAGUUGCAUUCAGUUGCUUUAGAAAACCUACUUACCAAUUACUAGAUUGUCUGAGAAGAGUUCCAGAUAAAGCACUGUUAGAUAUAGCUGGACCAGUAGCUGAAUGGAAACCUAUCGUAGAUGGAGGUUUUAGUAAUAUAACCAGUCCGUUUUUGCCAGAGCUACCAUCAAAACUAUUCAAAGAUGAGAUUUUCUCCCCAGUCCCUCUAUUAGCAGGCUACACGAACAUGGAAGAUGGACUUUUGCUAGAAAAAGAUGAAAGUGGAGAUUCAGGUAUUAGUCAAAGGGAGUUUGAUUCAAUGAGAGAAGAAAUUAUCCUUGCAGAUAUCACUGUUGACAACAGCUCGUGUUUUACUAAUCAACAUCACAUACAAGACGCUGUAGCAUUUUUCUACAAACCGAUACCUCAUACGACGAAUGAAACUGUAUUGAGAAAGCUAUUCGUGGAUUUUUAUACCGACAAAACGCAUGGAGCUACUACUUAUCAGUUAGCGAGACACAUUUGUCCACACGCUCCAGUUUAUCUCUACAGAUUCGACUUAAAACCUUUUUCUGAUUUUGCAAAUGAGGGUCUUCCAGAAUGGAUUGGUGUUCCACAUAAUUUCGACCUUAUUUACACCUUUGGCAUGCCUUAUCUAGCUUUACCAGAAGACCUAAGCAAAUGGGACUACCGAGACAAAAGCAUUUCAGAAAUCAUAAUGAGAAUGUGGUCCAAUUUCGCCUGGUACUCAAAUCCUACGAAUUCAGGAGUAAUUAUAGAUUGGCAGACUUAUGAAUUGGAGAGGCCUGGGUACUUGAUCAUUGACAGAGCCAAUUUCACGAUGAGCACUCCAGCAACAAUUAAUUACAAAGCUUUUGAAUUCUGGACGGAUUUUUAUCCGAAAGUUGUUGAAAUUGGGACGAAGUGUUGUAAAGAAAUCACAGAUGAUUCUGGCACGAUAUCAAUAUUUUCAUCCAAAAUAGUUCAUAGUAUAUUAGUAUUGUAUUGUAGUUUAAUUUUACUGUCAUAA